AAGGAUCAGACUAGGUUAAAUUCGGAAAUCACACAAUCUUACAUCAAGCAUUUGUUUGCAACGCCUACUUAAAAAAAAAGGAAAAACACGUUUGUUUAUAACAGAAAAAAAAACGUGAUACAUCGUUGAAGUCGUAGAAAAAGAUGUUAUUGGAUACAGGGUCGUACUUUUUUAAAUGUUGUGCACUUCGAGCACAUUUAAAAACACCAUCAUGUAGUGCCAUUAGUUUUUUGACAUUUCCUAAAAUUUGGCCCAAUUUUAGUUUUUCCCAAAUACCCCAGUAUAUGACUAAUCUCUCAGUUUAUGCAAUGUGCGCAAUUUAUUUAAAAAACAUAGAAUGUCAACCCUAUGUGUUUAGGAAACUACAAUGUCUCACCUCGGUUGUAGGAGGAUACGUGGGCACCAAGUGUCUAACAAGAGUAGGCAUAUUUGAUGCGUCUAAAAUGGUGAUUCCGUCUGCCUGUAGUUCCACAUGAGCGACUAGUUAUAAGGUGGAUUCAAAUUCAAAUCCUUCAGCUGUACAUUUCUAGCCUCCUCAAAAUGAAUGCCUUAUAUCUCUGCGUAUAAGACGGAUACUAAUAAAUAGUAGAGUAAAAUGAAAAUCCUACUCGUAAGAUCAUGUAAUUUUUGAUCAAAUAGUUCAUUUUUUUCUGAAACUCUCUAUACACCGUUGUAGACGAAAAAGCACCGAUUAUUAAGUGAUAAUAAAAAUAAUCAGAAAUUAUACACGCGCUUCUCUAAAAUAAACAAAUCGCAACAAAACCGCGAUUAAAACCAGCGCGUUCAAGCGAUUCGAGUAACUGACGUCAUCUACCCGUGUGUCAUCUUGAACCAUAUUAUAACCGCGGUACAUAACACAGAAAUUUUGGUUAUUCGCUUGGAUUUGAUUUUUAUAUUUUGGUUUUAAUUUGUUGCCGAUACAACUUAUGGGACAUCGAAAUGGCAACACCGCAUUGCAAGACUGACAACAGCGGAACAGCGCCACCCAUUCCGAAAGGUUGUUGACAUGUUGUAGAUCACAGUGACUGAAGUGAAAAGUAUUUUUGAGACCAUUUCUGGAACAGUUUUGUUGCUAUCUCAAUGUGAAAAUUGUCAAAAUGAGUUUCUCGAGUGAUGAGGUGAAUUUUCUAGUGUACAGAUACCUCCAGGAAUCAGGCUUCCAGCAUUCUGCAUAUACAUUUGGUAUAGAAUCCCACAUCUCCCAAUCUAACAUAAAUGGAGCAUUGGUACCCCCUGCAGCAUUGCUCAGCAUUCUACAGAAAGGCCUCCAAUACACUGAGGCAGAGAUCAGUAUUGGUGAGGAUGGAACUGAGCAGAGAUCAGUGGAAAGUUUGAGCCUGAUUGAUGCUGUCAUGCCCGAUGUGGUGGCUAGUAGGCAGAACCAACAGAAUCAGCAAAAACAGGCUAUAAAAGCAGAGCAGACAGAAACCAAUGGAGAGGAGACUACUGCUGCUGUGGCAUCCACCCAAAACGAAACCAUGGACGUGGACACCUCCAUAGAGAUCCCCCCGUCGAAGGCAACGGUGCUGCGCGGUCACGAAUCCGAAGUGUUCAUAUGCGCCUGGAACCCAACACAAGACCUGUUGGCCAGCGGCUCCGGUGAUAGCACGGCGAGAAUUUGGGACAUGUCAGACAACACGGAAACGCCUAAACAGUUGGUGCUCAGGCACUGUAUCCAGAAAGGCGGUACGGAAGUGCCUAGUAACAAGGAUGUCACAUCGUUGGACUGGAAUUGUGAUGGUCAAUUGCUAGCAACAGGAAGCUAUGAUGGCUAUGCAAGGAUUUGGACGACAGACGGUCGUCUGGCAAGUACACUAGGACAACAUAAAGGACCUAUUUUUGCACUAAAAUGGAACAAGAGAGGGAACUAUAUACUCUCAGCUGGGGUUGACAAAACGACGAUAAUUUGGGAUGCAGCGAGUGGCCAGUGCACGCAGCAAUUCAGCUUCCAUUCCGCACCAGCUCUAGACGUAGAUUGGCAGACGAAUACGUCAUUCGCAAGUUGCUCGACGGAUCAGUGCAUACACGUCUGCAAACUGUCAGUGGAUAAACCGAUCAAGUCUUUUCAAGGGCAUACGAACGAAGUGAACGCGAUCAAGUGGGACCCUCAAGGUCAACUGUUAGCCUCGUGCUCCGACGACAUGACCUUGAAAAUCUGGUCGAUGAAGCACGACACUUGCGUGCACGACCUCCAAGCGCACUCCAAGGAGAUCUACACGAUCAAAUGGUCGCCGACGGGUCCCGGAACGCAGAAUCCGAAUAUGAAUUUGAUACUUGCGUCCGCCAGUUUCGAUUCGACUGUCAGAUUGUGGGACGUCGAGAGAGGCGCGUGUAUCCAUACGUUGACGAAGCACACGGAACCAGUCUACUCGGUCGCCUUCAGUCCUGACGGCAAGUUCCUAGCUAGCGGCAGCUUUGACAAAUGCGUGCACAUCUGGUCAACGCAAACAGGGCAGCUGGUGCACAGUUACAAAGGCACCGGAGGCAUCUUCGAAGUGUGCUGGAACUCCAGGGGGGACAAGGUGGGAGCCAGCGCGUCGGACGGAAGCGUCUUUGUACUCGACCUGCGCAAAUUGUAGGUCUUUUUAUUGUGAACGUAAGGUGAUUGUAGAUAUUUAUAUUUUAUUCAUUUAUUGUUAUAUACGAAAUCUUUUUUAUGAUGAUGAUCGAGAGUAUUGUUUGGUUUGGCUGACAAACUAUGUAAAGUUUACUGGCUUUGCAUAUACAGGAUUAAAACUUUGUUUUUAUUUUUUUGUAAGAGGUUGCCCAUAUAACCGAAACGUCAGUAAUGUUUCUUCAGCAAACAGGUUUGGUUUCAAGUAUUGACGAAUCAGUGGUACUUGUAGAAUAAGUAUCGAAAGUCUUAUCAUAUUUCUCUCUGCAAGUUUUUAAGUUAUUGUUAUACACGACAAACUUUGUAAAGUUUAUUGGCCUUCCAUAUGCAGGAUUAAAACUUUGUUUUAAUUUUUUUGUAAGAGGUUGCCCUUGUAACCGAAACGUCAGUAAUGUUUCUUCAGCAAACAGUUUAGGUUUCAAGUAUUGACGAAUCAGUGGGACGACUUGUAGUAUAAGUAUCGAAAGUUUUAUCAUAUUUCUGUCUGCAAGUUUCUGCGACUAAUUUAGAAAAUCUAUUAUUUUAUUAAGUACUAGGAAUUUGACGUUUUGUUAUUUUGACUUUUUUGUACACAAAUAUACGCUAAUAUACAUUUUUUAAUUA